AUGAGCACCAAAAGCAUGAUCCGGGAUGUGGAGCUGGCGGAGGAGGUGCUCUCCAAGAAAGCAGGGGGCCCCCAGGGCUCCAGAAGUUGCUGGUGCCUCAGCCUCUUCUCCUUCCUCCUGGUUGCAGGAGCCACCACGCUCUUCUGCCUGCUGCACUUCGGGGUAAUCGGCCCCCAGAGGGAAGAGCAGUCCCCAACUGGCCCCUCCUUCAACAGGCCUCUGGUUCAGACACUCAGGUCAUCUUCUCAAGCCUCAAGUAACAAGCCGGUAGCCCACGUUGUAGCCAACAUCAGCGCUCCGGGGCAGCUCCGGUGGGGGGACUCGUAUGCCAAUGCCCUCAUGGCCAACGGCGUGGAGCUGAAAGACAACCAGCUGGUGGUGCCCACUGACGGGCUUUACCUCAUCUACUCGCAGGUCCUCUUCAGGGGCCACGGCUGCCCUUCCACCCCCUUGUUCCUCACCCACACCAUCAGCCGCAUUGCAGUCUCCUACCAGACCAAGGUCAACAUCCUCUCUGCCAUCAAGAGCCCUUGCCACAGGGAGACCCCAGAGGGGGCUGAGGCCAAGCCCUGGUACGAACCCAUCUACCAGGGAGGGGUCUUCCAGCUGGAGAAGGGAGAUCGCCUCAGUGCUGAGAUCAACCUGCCGGAAUACCUGGACUAUGCCGAGUCUGGGCAGGUCUACUUUGGGAUCAUCGCCCUGUGA